AUGGCGGACGCAGCCCUUACAGCUGCCCAAGCCCGCGCAGAGGCGGCGGAAGCCCAGCUCGCGCAAUUACGAGCCCAGCUACACGCGCAAGACCUCGCUACAGGCACCGCGGACGCGACCGAUAAGAUCGUCCAAAUUCCGCGUAUAGACAAUUACAGAGUUCCCAAGCUUCCUCCGUUUUCACAAAUCGACCCAGCAUUGUGGUUUAUCCAGGCCGAGGUCUCCAUGAGAAAUUCCCGAAUUACUACCGAGUCAACCAAAGCCGAUACUGUCCUCGCUGCACUCGAUGUCGAGGUAUUGGGCUGCGUAAGAGAUAUAAUUACCUUAAACCCUUCUCCAGCGGAUAUCUACGAGCAAGUUAAAGCUCGAAUCAUCGCGACAUACGCACCUUCGGACGAAACAAAGUUACGCAAACUACUAAGGGGACAAGUCGGAACCGACGGAAAACCUUCGCUAAUCCUUAGCCGACUACGCGGUCUUAAUGACGGAAAUAUUGACGAUAACGUAAUAAAAUCAAUUUUCCUGGACCAACUACCACGUGAACACCGUGCGAUCCUAAUGGCUACGGGAGUUACCGAUCUCAAUAGAAUAGCCGAGGCCGCCGACCGAAUGGCUGAAAGCGCUCUCGGAAGCGAAUCUUACGCGUCCGCCGUAUCUAAGGAAAACUCAUCCCCCUCCGCGAGUACCGAGAUGCAGCAACUUAUCGCCAAUAUGGCCGCGUUAAAUAAAAGAUUGGAAAAGCUUGAAAAGUCGCGAAAUUCACGUUCGCGAUCCGGUUUCCGCAGACGCAGAACCUCAACCUCGCCAAGCAACGCGAUUACACUCGCACUCUGUCCGGCACAUGUCAACUACCCUAAUAACCCGACUUCAUGCCGAAAAUGCGGUCAACUUUUCCUUGUUGAUACAGGCGCGGACAUCUCCCUGGUACCCGCGGAUAAUAAAGUCAAGGGAAAACCCUCCGAGUUAAAGCUCUUUGCAGCAAACGAUACGCGUAUCGACACGUUUGGGGAAUCACUACGUGAUCUCGACCUCGGUUUAAGACGACCAAUUCGCUGGAAUUUUUGUAUCGCGGCAGUUCCGUACCCCAUCAUCGGUGCCGAUCUAUUAUCGCACUACGGGUUAACAGUAGACUUAAAACGACGACGCCUCAUAGAUUCUACUACUAAGUUACAUACCCCCGCGUUUAAAAAACCGGCCCCCGUACAUUCGAUUAAUACGAUAAAUCCGUCCUGGGAGUCUUCCAAAAUACUCGCAGACUUCCCCCAAAUAACGGGAGCCCUACCUCUCGUGCCUCCGUCCAAGUGCGAUGUAUAUCAUCAUAUCAUUACUACCGGCCCCCCAGUCGCUGAGCGCGCCAGGCGCCUUCCUCCCGAUAAACUCAAGGCUGCGAAGGCCGAAAUCAAGGCCUUGGUUGAAGCAGGCAUUUGCCGCCCCUCUAGCAGUCCAUGGGCCAGUCCCAUCCAUUUAGUCCGUAAAAAAGACGGUACUUGGCGGGUGUGCGGCGAUUACCGCCGUGUAAAUGCAGUUACGCGACCGGAUAGGUACCCCACGCCUCACCUGCAUGAUUGUUCCGUCAACCUUCACGGUAAAACAACCUUUUCAUCUCUCGACCUACACAAAGCUUAUAACCAAAUUCCAAUGGCCCCUGAGGACAUUGAGAAAACAGCCAUCAUAACCCCCUUCGGGUUAUUUGAAUAUUUAUUUAUGACCUUCGGCCUUCGCAACGCCGGUCAAUCCUUCCAACGCUAUAUAAACCGCGCUUUAGGCGAUUUAGAUUUCGCUUUCAUUUAUAUGGAUGACAUCCUGAUCGCUUCUUCCUCGCCAGAGGAGCACACGGAACAUCUACGCACGGUAUUCCGCAGGCUUAAAGAAUUUCACUUACGUCUAAACGUCGAGAAGUGCGUGUUCGGCGUACAGGAAUUAAAGUUCCUGGGAUACAUAAUAAACGAUAAAGGAAUCCGCCACACCCCAGAGAAAGUCGAGGCGAUUACCAAGUUUCCUAGGCCUAAAACCGUCUCCGACUUACGCCGCUUCCUCGGCAUGAUCAAUUUUUACCGUCGAAACGUCCCCCGUGCGGCAGAAACACAAGCACCAUUAAAUUCAUUAUUAAUCGACUCGCGUAAAAACGACAGACGCGCGAUCGCAUGGUCCGACGAAUUAAUCAAAGCGUUCGAAAAGACCAAAAACGGCCUCGCUAACACUGCAAUGCUGGUACACCCCCAUAUCGGCGCGGAACUCCGCAUCGUCACGGACGCCUCCGAUUUCGCCAUGGGAGCAGUGCUUGAGCAAAAGAAGCGGGACACUUGGGAGCCCUUAUCAUUUUUUUCACGUAAACUCUCACCCGCACAAACGCGGUAUAGCGCCUACGACCGCGAGCUCACAGCAAUUUUUGAAUCCGUUAAAUACUUCCGCUAUUGGGUAGAAGGACGCGAAUUCAGAAUCAUAACGGAUCAUAAACCACUCAUGUACGCGUUCUUACAAAAAUCUGACAAAGCGUCCCCGCGACAACUACGCCAACUAUCAUACAUCGCGCAGUUCACAACGCAAAUCGAACAUAUCGCUGGUCUACAAAACGUCGUCGCGGAUUCACUUUCGCGGAUUGAGUCGCUACGCUUACCAGUAGAAUUUAGUCUCAUCGAACUCUCCGAACUACAAAAAAGCGAUGAACAACUCAAACUAAUUCUUGGCACCCCCGAUCACCCGCUAAAACUAAAAAAAUCCAGUGGGGUCCAGAUCACUCAACUGUAUAUUGCGAAAUUUCAGGCGAGGCUAUUCGGCCAUACAUUCCCGAUAGUUUGCGCACUAGAGUAUUUCAAAUGUUUCACAACCCAGCUCACCCCAGCGGGAAAAUUACGGAUCGUACUAUCCGACAGCGCUACGUUUGGCCCGAUAUGCACCGCGACAUCGCCAAAUGGUGCAAAAACUGUACUGAUUGUCAGCAAGCGAAAAUCUCUCGUCACGGGAAACUCGUUCCGGAGCACUUCGUCGCCCCGGAUGGGCGUUUCGAUCAAGUACACAUCGAUAUUAUCGGCCCAUUACCCCCGUCCGAGGGUCACACUUAUUGCCUCACCAUGA